GCGGGAAUCGGACUGUACCAUUGAAGCGGAAGUGAGUCAUAUUUUCUAUAUUCGCGUCACAGUGCGAGGAAAAACACUCUACCGUCAGACGCUCCGGUUUCUUUCAGGCCUCUAGGUCAGGCUUUAACCGAGCUGUAUUGAAAACUCUACAUUCUUUUUAGUCAAUUUAAAAAGAUUUCGUUUAGGAAACGCAGGGUCAAGGUCUGGCAGGUCACCGACCUUUGACCUUAGGAGAAACUUUUUUGGAAGUGGAGAAACGAAGAUGGAGUCGAAAGGGGACUGGCGAUUCUGUCGGAAUUUUCGCGUUUUAUGGAAAGUUUUAGCGGUUUUCUUGUGUAUUUCGUGCUGGGGGAAGUUAUCAGCGGCACAGGAGUUGCAUCCACAUGGAAUAAACGUCUGUGCGUACAGCGAAAGCUACACAGGUACCCACAUCACCACUUCACAGAUGACCAGACAGACUCGUACAUGGGACUGGGGGUGUCUACCAUUCGUCAGGUGUAAAACCAAGACCGUUUACUUCACCAUGUACAGAGUUGGUUACCUGACCAGGUACAGACAGGUGUACAGGUGCUGUCCAGGCUGGCUACAGGACGGAGACGUCUGUCCUACACGUAAGUAUUACACCUGUAACACACCUUUAACACACCUGUAACACACCUGUCCUACUCACACACACC